AUGGUUUUAAAGACAGAGUAUACCAAGAGCCCAAGCACAACCCUCCCAUCCAGCGUGUCUUCCUGCAGGUCCCUGUCAUCCAGCGAGGAUGGCCCCAGUGGUCACUCCAGCCUCUUGAACAAGGAGCUUGCCCGAAACUUGCAGGAGAGCGUCAAGCACCGCAUCCUCUACCUGUCAGAGCAGCUGCGGGUGGAGAAGACCAGUCGGGAUGAGAACACCAUGGGCUACCUCAAGCUGGUGUCCAGAGCUGACCGGCACCAGGCCCCGUACAUCCGGCAGGCCUUUGAGAAGGUGAACCAGCGCACCUCUGCCACCAUCGCGCAGAUCGAGCGAAGGCUCCGUCAGUGUCACCAGCAGCUGCGGGAGCUGGAGGAAGGCUGCAGGCCCAAGGACUCAGUGCUGAAGGCAGAGGGCAAGCUGGGCAACAGCUGUGAGUCCCCGACGCAGGACAGGAAGGAGAGCUUGGCCGCCAGCCUGCAGGAUGGUGCGGAGAGCUGCUUUGCAGGCUCCCAGCCGGGGAAGUUCCCAGAGCCAAGGUGUGGGGCCCAGCAUCGGAACUUGCUGUUGCACCAAGCCAAGGAAGAGCUGAAAGAAGUCAAGCAGCUCCCCUCUAGCCUGCAGGUGUCCUGUCAGAGCCUGAAGCACAAGUAUCUGAUGGACCUGCAGUUGUCUCUGGAGUCCCUGCAGGAGGAGAAAUGCAGACGAGCAGUGCUGGAAGAACAGGUGAAUGAGCACCUGCAGGGGUACCUGGAUGAGAUUUACCACCUCAAGCAGAACCUGGCCGCCACUGAAGAGAAGAUGGCCUAUUUGUCCUAUGAGAGAGCCAAGGAGAUAUGGGAAGUCAUGGAAACUUUCAAGAGCCGAAUCUCCAGACUGGAAGCUCUGGAGCGAGUCACUCAGCUGGAGAUGACGGAGAACCUCCGAAGCCGCCCCAGGGAGUUUCUGUUCAUCUUCAUGAGCCUGCUCCUCACGCUGGCCACUGUCCUCCUGGUCCUCGUCUCCACCGUGUGUGCCUGCCCCUUGUCCCUGGUCAACUCCCGCCUGCGCACGUGCACCAUCCUCGUCCUGCUCGGGCUCGGGGCGCUGGUGUGGCAGAAGCGGCACGCCAUCCCCACCACGGCCUGGCAGGCGUGGAUGCCCUCCAGGUGGAGACUGGAUGCCAAGGACUCCAAGCCCCCGCCAGGUGGAUCUUAA